AAAAAAAAAAAAAAUGUGUUGAAUCCUUGUUAUUUUUGUAAUUUUUCAUGUUGUAAAAAUUUCUUUACCUAUAUUUUAAUAUUAAAUAAAACAGUUUUGUAUAUGUCACCAUAAAAUGUUUAAUCAAAUAUUAACAAAACUAGAUUAACAUUUGUAGAAAAAAUCAUAAGAUACUGUAGCACAAUGGCUUCAAUAGAAAAGGAAGGGGAUGGUGAUGAAAAAGUCAUGGAAAAUACAUCAGAAAAUACAGAGGAAAAUGAGAAAGCAGCUUUUUAUGAGUAUAUAAAUAGCUUAGAAGCUCGAAUUAAACAGAAAACUGAGACGCGCAAUCAAAAUCUUAACUGUGUACGUCCUCCAGACAACCACUUUUCGAAACUUGAUUCAGGCCUCAAAAAGAACACGACAUUUGUCAAGAAAUUGAAAUCGUUUAGUGCUACACAAAUGGAUGCACUACUUAAGGAUUUUAGUGUGUUAAAUUUAACCAAGUAUAUCUCGGAAGUUGCAGCUGCUAUAGCAGAAGCCAAACUUAAGAUGUCAGAUAUUCCAGCAGCAAUAAAUUUAUGUUCUGCUCUUCACCGAACAUAUGCAGAUUUUUCUACAAAUUUCUUUGAAAACUGGCAAAAAAUAUUGACUUUUAAAGCUACUGAUAAAAUUACAAAUUCAUCAAAACUGCGUGUAGAUAUAAGAUUCUAUGCAGAAUUAGUUGCAGUGGGUAUUUUUGCCAACAAGACAGGUUUACCAUUAUUGGGCAAUGUGCUAACUGUUCUCAUCAAUAUGGAUAAAGAAGAUCACAACAAUAUACCAAUUCUACUGUCAUUUUGUAAACAUUGUGGUGAAGAUUAUGCAGGCUUAAUGCCUAAGAAAAUAAGGGAUGCUGCAGAGAAAUACAAUGUCACAGUUCCGAGAAACACUUUCCUGCCAGCUGAAAAACAAACAGUGGUAAGGACACUACUGAAGGAUUACUUCUUGUCGCUAACUAAACAUCUGUUGGCUGAAAGGGCUCAGUUACAAGCUCUUCAUGCUGCCAACCAACGUACUCUCCAUACUAGGGGUGAACUGUCUCAGGAGAGGAAGGAUCAAUUGGAAUUACAUCAGGCUACAUAUGACAAAUUAUUGAUUGGUGCACAAAACUUUGCUGAAGUGCUCGGAGAGGAAUUGGGUGAAGCUGGUGAACCCCCAACACUGUCCAUGGUGGUAACGGAAACACAAGGCACAGUGAGCAUAGGAGGCAAUGAGGAGUUCCCCAUGCAAGCUGGUACUGACCCAUGGCAAGAUGAGGAUACCAGAACUUUCUACACCAGCUUACCUGAUUUGAAAGUGUUUAUGCCCAAUUAUCAACCUAAAGAGACGGUUAAGAGUAAAGCUGAGACAGUAACAGAGGAGAUGUUAGAUGAAGAUUUAAAGGAGGAUGAUCUAAGUGACAGUGAGGAACCACCUACGGCGACGGAUGUGGAACAAGAGGAGACUCAACCCUCAAACAUUUCCAAUAAAUAUGCUCUUGAUGCAUUUUUAAAUGAAUUGCCAAAUUGUAUAAAUAGAGAAUUAAUAGACAAUGCUGCUGUAGAUUUUGUCUUGAAUCUUAAUACAAAGAAUAACCGUAAAAAGUUGACGAGGGUUUUGUUCAGUGUUGCCCGAACUAGACUAGAUUUGCUACCAUUUUACUCAAGAUUUGCAGCAAUAUUAUAUCCAGUGCUGCCAGAUGUUUGUAUGGAUCUGUGUCAAAUGCUCAAACAGGAUUUCAAAUAUCAUGUCAGGAAAAAGGAUCAGAUCAACAUUGAAUCUAAAAUAAAAGUAGUUAGGUUUAUUGGAGAACUAGUAAAAUUUGGACUAUAUUCAAAGAUGGAGGCAUUGUAUUGUGUUAAAGUACUGUUACACGACUUCAAACAUCACCACAUUGAGAUGGCAUGCAAUCUUCUGGAGACAUGCGGCAGAUAUCUGUACUGUAAUCCAGACACACAUCAGCGCACCAUGAUAUAUCUCCAACAAAUGAUGAGGAAAAAGACGGUUUCAGCUCUUGAUUCCCGCUAUGUCACGCAAAUUGAGAACGCGUUUUACUAUGUCUGUCCUCCUGAGACUCCGGCGCAGCCAAAAGAAGAAGAACCGCCUAUGCAUCAGUUCAUUAGGAAAAUUCUUCAUGAAGAUUUACAAAAGAGUAAUGAAGAAAAAAUUUUAAGAUUGAUGCGAAAAUUAAAUUGGGAAGAUCCGGAGAUUUUGGCGGUUGCUAUACAACACUUAGCUGGCGGGUGGAGAGUUAGAGCAAGCGCCAGGCGAGCCCUUGCUCGUCUCACGGCUGAGUUGGCAGCAUGGCAAGAGACUGUGGCCCCAGCCGUUGUUGACACAAUUAUUGAAGAAAUACGUGUCACGAUGGAAGACCCACAUCCUCGAUACAACCAGAGAAGAAUAGCUACUGUAAGGUAUCUUGGAGAAUUAUAUAAUUACAAGUUAUUAGACUCCCGCGAUGUAUUCACGGUGUUAUAUUCUUUUAUUACUUUUGGUGUAACAAACGACCAUAGUAAUAUAUCCCCUCUAGAUCCGCCAGAGAAUGUAUUCAGAAUAAGACUUGUUUGCGCGCUGCUCGAAACUUGCGGCGCGUAUUUCAAUAGUGGUUCCAGUAAAAAAAAACUUGAUUAUUUUAUAAUCUUCUUCCAAAAUUAUUUUUGGUUCAAAUGUACUGAUCCAUGUUGGACAGAUGAAAACAAAUUCCCUAUUUAUGUAAAGUACAUAUAUCAAGAAUGUUUAACAACAUUAAGGCCGAAAUUGACACUGUAUACGAGUUGGCAGCAAUGUAAAGAUGCCAUUGAAGAAUUACGGCAAACUCUUUACCCAGAAUUAGGUGAAGAAGACCAAUAUGACAAUGAGGAUCAAGGAGAUGAUAGUGUUAAUGAUGGACUAGAUACCAUUAUAGAGACAGAUGAUGAAACAGAUAAUCCUCAGCUACCAGAAGAAAGUUCAGAUGACGAAGCAAUAACAGAAAAUUUGGGCAAUGAUGACAAUGAAGUUCAGAAUGACGAAAUGAGCAUUGAACCAAGGAGACCAGCUCCUAAACCAGUUGAAGACUUAGAAUUUGAAUCAGCAUUUGAGAAAAUGGUUAUGGAAAAUAUAGCAGAAAGACAAAGAGAAAGUAGACCACAGCAAAGAGAUAUUGCAGUUCCAAUGACAUGUCGUCAAACUACUAAGAAAACUUACGAACAGCUACUGCAGGGUAAAGAGGGGGUGGAAUUUGUAUUAAUGGUGAGAAAAGGCACAAAACCACAAUACAAAUCAUUCAAUGCGCCACCAGAACUAGCCAGCAAUUUGCAACAGCAGGCCCUUGCUGAUAAACAAGAAAUGGAAAGAGUAAAAAGACUGACCCUUAAUAUAUCUGAGAGACAGGAAGAAGAAGAAUAUAGUGCUGAAAGUGGAGGUGGCUCAGGAGGCAGUGGAAACCCUAAUCGUGGUCAGCAUGUUCGUCAAAAAUACCAACAUCCCAAAGGAGCCCCAGAUGCGGAUCUUAUAUUUGGACCCAAAAAAUUUAAAUAAAAUAGAUAUUAAUAUUUUUUUAUGGAAAAUUUGUUUAUGGUAGUUGCAAAGUAAUAUACUUUUAUAACAGAUCAGUUAACCUAUCAUGAUGAAUUCAUCAAGAAUUAACCAUGAUAGUUUCCAGGGGGAACUGUGUGGAAGUCGACCUGGUUAGGUAUAUUGCUAGCAAUGGGAUUCUUAAUUCCCAUUACUUGUUAGUAAUGGGAAUUAAGAAUCCCAUUGCUCCCAAGUGGUAUAUUAAAAAAUAUAUAUUUUGUGUUUUUUAACACUCACAUUUUAUUAUAUUUGUAUAAUUGCAUUAAUAAAAUAUUUAUAAGAUUG